UCUGCUGCCAAUUUCAGUCGUUGUGAGCAACUCGUGCGCGCCAGACGUGUUUUUGAACCCUAACGUUAUUCAGCCCCUCGAAGGCGAAUCCGAAGUUGUUUGAACGUGAGCUACACCUGUGAGUACAUAUGCGCGAGUCGCAGGUUAAGUGCAGUGACGUGCAGUGAAGAUGGACGUCAAGGACAUUAAGGGCGCCAAGGUGACGCACGCGGGGCUGCUGAAGCACAACUCCGAUGGCAGCACCGAGACGCAGAAGAUCACCCACGCCGGGCUGGUGGCCCGCAGUCCCGAGGGCACCGCCGCCAAGGGCAUGAACAUCCGGGGCAACGAGGACCUCUGGGUGGAGAUCCAGGCCAACACCUUUCGCAAUUGGGUCAACGAGCAUCUGCGCGAGACGGGAAUGCAGGUUCAUGACUGGGCCACGGAUUUCUGCGAUGGCACUUGCCUGUGUGCUCUCGUGGAGAAUCUGCAGACGCGUCCGCUGAAGCCCUCGUGGAAUCGCCGACCCGCCAACCAGCAUCAUUAUCUGGAGAACGCCUCCACAGCGCUGAAGUCGAUCGAGGCGGAUCACAUAAAGCUGGUGAACAUCGGCAAUGUGGACAUCGUCAACGGUAACAUCAAGCUGAUCCUGGGCCUGAUCUGGUCCCUGAUCGUGCGCUACCAGAUUGGGCGUAGUAAGUUCCCGCCACGCAAGCUGAUGCUGGCCUGGCUGCAGGCCGCUCUGCCGGAUUGCAGGAUCACCAACCUGACCACCGAUUGGAACAGUGGCGUCAAUCUGGCGGCGCUCCUGGACUACUGCCAGCCGGGCUUGUUCCCCCACUGGCGCAGCCUCGAUCCCAGCCAGAGUGUGCGCAACUGUACCCAGACCAUGGACCUCGCGCAGCGUGAGUUCGGAGUGCCGAAGGUCCUGGAGCCGGAGUACCUGGCCUCUCCCUGGUUGGAUGAGUUGUCGGGCAUGACGUACCUCUCGUACUUCAUGAAGCCCGGCGGUCCCGGCUACAAUGCCACCAUGCGGUGGGUGAACACGCAGGUUAAGGAUCCUGUCAAGAACUUUACGACCGACUGGAACGAUGGACGCGUAAUGUGCGAAAUUGUCAAGGGCCUGGGUGGCUCGGCGCCUGCACCGGAAAAGCUCAGCACGGAUCCCUUCCACUUCGAGAACAACAUUCGGAAGGCGGUGGACGCAGGUGCCCGGCUGGGCGUACAGCCCAUCCUGACGGCCAAGGACAUGGCCAACCCGGAAGUGGAGCACCUGGGCAUCAUGGCCUACGCGGCCCACCUGCAGUGGGUGCCGCCAAGGCCGCCGCUGUCCGACCUGGUCACCGUCUACCUGGAGAGCACAUCCGGUCGUGUGGGCGAACCGACCCACUUCCGCGUGGACGUGAUGUCCCGGGACAUAAGCCUGAGCUCGGUGCGCUGCCACGUGGUUCCUCCGUCCGGCCAGCCGGGACAGCCCGUGCGCCUCAACGCCCACGGCGAGGGAGUCUUUGUGCCGGAGCGGUACGGGAUGCACGAGAUUGUGGUGGAGAUCGGCGAGGACAGCCUGGGCGGUCACUUCUUCCGCGCCCUGCCCCGCCUGCUGCAGGUGGCGCCGCCCGGAAUGGCGCCCUGCGCCCUGGGCAGCCUCGUCGAGGUGCUGGUCAAUGCCACCGGGGCGCCCAAGACGGAGGACAUCCUGGUCACGGCGGUCUCGCCCACCGGCAUCUCCCACAACUGCCCGCUGAAGAAGAUCGACGAGGGACACAGUGCCAUAUUCAAGCCGGACGAGGCGGGCAUCUGGGAGAUAGCCAUCACCUACCAGGGCCGCCACAUCCAGGGCGGACCCUUCACCUGUGCGGUGUUCGAUGCGUCCGGAGUCUCGGUCCAUGGGCUGGAUGGAGCCAUGCCGCUGAGGGCGCACACCUUCGAGGUAGAUGCCCGCGGAGUGGGUGUUUCGGGGGAGCUGCACGUGGACAUUGUGCACGACAAGCGUUCGCUGGUCUGCUCCGUGGAGAAGAUCGUGGAGAACAAGUACCGGGUGACCUUUAUGCCCAGGCAGAAUGGAAAGUACCGCGUGUACAUCUACUUCAAUGGCUACGAUGUCAAGGGUUCGCCGUUCAUCAUGCGAGUAGGCACCAAGGGCAGAUCUGGAAAAACACGCAGUAGUCCCCUGCACGACAGCAAACACCGCUCGGAGAGCCCCUCGAUGCACUUCAUCUCCAGCACGAAUACCCGGCACAAUGACUACCGAAACUCCUCCCUUUCGAGGCACAAUACGGCUGAGCGGACCAACAGCUACUCCCCGCAGUACUCGCCCAAGUUGGACACCACCGACUACCACAGCUCGAGUUCCAGGUACUAUAAGCGGGAGAGCGAGGAGAACCAGGCUACACCGCCUCCAGCUCCACCACCACAUAGUGGCUCGCCCACUGUCAAGUACCUUAACUCGGCCGAUCUUUAUACGGAGACCUUGACCGGACGACGUGAUUCGAAGACCUCGAACAGCAGCUCCACGAAAAACGACUACUACUACGACAAGGAGAACGAGCUGUACAGCCAGAGGCGUGGUGGCACCAAGACCAAGUUGACGCCGCCACGCGAGGAGCGCGAGCUGGCCAGCACCACCAAUACGAGUAGCAGCAGCAGCUUCCAGCGCCACCAGCAGCUGGCCACCAGUACCCUGACCAGAUCGCUUAGUCCAAUACCUAGUCCCACACUCAAUACCCGAUCCAGCGAGUUGCACACCCACAGCCCGUUGACCAUCAAGACAUCGAAUCAGUACGAGAGCUCCACGCGAAAUAUCACCAGCAGUCCAAGACACGCCUCCGCUUCGCCCGUGCAACGCUAUUCUCCCAAUAGUGCCUACAUUUCCACGGCCACCCACAGGAUGGGAAGUCCCUUGACCAGUCCGGUAAGCAAGAAUGGUUACGAGUCCUCGCGAACUGUGGAGAAGUCCUCGACCUACAAGUCCACCUCGAACUACGUAACCGACUCAAGUGUUCGAGCUAGUCCCUCGCUGUACGGAACCGCCGAGCGACUGCGUCGAACUGGAUCGCCGGAGCCGCGCAUCGAUCACUCCUCCAACGUGAGGGUGUCCUCGAUGAAGCCGGCUUCCGCCAGGCGCGACAGCUGGGACGUCAUCAACAAGACGAAGCACAUGCUCUCGCACAAUUCGCUCGAAUCGCUGGCGAACAUGACUGAGAAGCAGCUGAACACGGAACUGCAGUACAACCGGCCCGAUUUGGACCACGAGACGCACCGGAACACCCAGUACAACAAGUUCGCCCUGCACAAGCAGCAGCAGCAUUCGGACUUUCGCCGGGAUUCCCCCGAUGAUGGAGAGCGCUACAAACCCAGUGCCAUUACAGUCAAGUCACAUUCGAACAAUAGUUAUACGGACAAGUCCGGUGGAUAUACGAAAACAGUAAAGGAGUCCAGCGAGCAUGUGGUCACCGAGAGCAACGGUCACGGAACUUCUCCUGGCUAUGGUUACAGCUCGCUCUCUAGAUUUCGGCCCAUAGACAGCAACGCCACUGGUGCCAGGGCCAUUCGGGUGCAGGAUAUCCCGAACGGCUCCAUUGGGCGGCCCGUCGAGUUCGAAAUCGAUGGCUCGAAGGCGGGCUCCGGCAAUCUGGAGAUCCUGGUCAACGGCGGGCGUGUCACCUCCUCGGUCCGCUCGCUGGGAGGUCAGAGGUUCAUAGCCAGCUUCACGCCCCACGAACAUGGAACGCACACCGUGCAGAUCACCUUCAAUGGCGAAACAGUUCCAGGUUCACCGUGGCACGCUGAAAUCAUGUCCUCACCCGGCCUGACCGCUCUGGGCGAAUCCACACGCCUGGUACCCGCCAAUACGCCGGCGGUUUUUGAGAUACUGCCGCCUCCUGGACAAAGCCUGAGCAAGGGCGAGUGCGUGGCCUCCGUUUUGACCCCCAGUAAGUCGAAGCUGAACGCCAGAGUCACCCAUGAGGCGGCAAAUGGUGCUGCUCGCAUCGAGUUCGUGCCCACCGAGGUGGGCACCCACGUGAUCGAUGCGUCCAUUAACGGCACGAAGAUCGCUGGCGGCCCGCUGAUCGCCAAGGUCUACGACUCCAGCCUGAUCCAGGUGACGGAGGUGAAUGGCGGCGUGGUCGGCCAGCCAUGCCAGUUUCGCGUGGAUGCCAGCGCCGCCGGCGAGGGCCAGCUGGAGAUAUCCAUCAACGAGGGCGAGGUGCCCAAUCAUGUCCAGGUCGUGGGUGGCGGUCGCUGCCUGGUCUCCUUCACGCCGGAGCAGGCCAAGUCGCAUCUGAUCGACAUCAAGUUCAAUGGCGAAACGGUGCGCGGCUGUCCGUUUGUCUGCGCCGUGGCGGACACCUCGCGAGUGCUGCUCAAUCUCUCCAACCUGGAGCUGAUCCCGGUCAACCGGCCCUCCUCCUUUCACAUCACCGUGAGCGGAGGCGGAGCCGCCGAGCUGGCCGUCAGUGUGCGCGGUCCCCAGGGCGAGUUGCCCGUGCGGGUGACCGGAGAUAUCCACGCUGGCUUCACGGCCGAGUUCACGCCCACCACCGUGGGCGGCCACUCGAUCAACGUGGAGUACAACGGCUUCGCCGUGCAGGGCACCCCCUUCCUGGCCAAGUCCUACGAUGCCAGCAAGGUGGUGGUGGGCAGUGUCUCGCGGGGAACCAUGGGACGCCCGGUGCAGUUCACAGUGGAUGCGGGCGACGCCGGUGAGGGCAAUCUGGAGAUUACGAUUUCGGCCAAGGGACAGAACAUUCCCACGCAGGUGCAUCCGCAAGGCAGUGCAAGAUUUUCCGUUUCGUUUGUGCCCACGGAGUCGUGCGAGCACACGAUCAACGUAUCAUUCAACAAAAUGCCCGUGCCCGGCUGUCCGAUUACGGUGGGCAUCACCGGGGGCGUGGCCGGGCCGCAGGUGUCUCUCGGAGGCCCGGGUCCCGUGCAUCAGACCAAUUCUUUUGUAAUCAAUCACAAUGGCGGCCGUUUGGAGGACAUCGAGGUGAACGUGGAAGGACCUGCUGGCCAGUCGGUUCCGGCGCAAGUGCAUCAGUCCGCAGAUGGCGUCUUCAAAGCGGAGUUUGUGCCCAGAGUAGUGGGCGAGCAUCGGGUGAAUGUCACUGUCAACGGAUUAGCCACCGCAGGAAGUCCAUAUGCAGCUAAGGUCUACGAUGUCAGCGCCAUCAAGGUGAAGAAUGUGAGCAGUGGCACAGUGGGCAAGGCUGUCACCUUCCUCGUGGAGACCUCCCAGGCGGGACCCGGCAAUUUGGAGGUGACCGUCAAUGGAGGCAGGGUUCCCACCUCCGCCCAGGCUCAGGGCCAGCACACCUAUGCCAUCAGCUUCACGCCCCGCGAGGCGGAGAGUCACACCGUGGAGCUGCGCUUCAACAGCCAGGAUGUUCCCGGCUCACCCUUCACAUGCCGCGUGGCAGCCGCCGCCCGUAUCCAAUCCCCGGAGACCAUGGACAAGGUCAGCGUGGGUCGGCUGUUCGAGUUCGUGGUGGAAUCGGACACCAAGCCCACGGUUGAAGUACUGGGUCCUGCCAGACGGAGUGUUCCGGUGAAGAUUGACCCGCUGGGCUCGUCCACCCUGGGCUACAAUGUCAAGUUCGAGCCCAUGGAGGUGGGCGACCACUCGGUGGAGGUUCGUCUGCCCGGCGGAGGUCACGUGGAGGGCAGUCCCUUCCUGCUGAAGGCCUACUCCGCCGAGAAGGUCAUUGUCACAGACAUUCGUGCUGGCGUGGUUAACAAGAGCGUGAGCUUCGGGAUCAAUGCCUCCCAGGCGGGGGCCGGCAACCUGGAGAUCAUUGUGGCCGUCAACGGCAAAAACGUACCGAACUUUGUGCAAUCCGAGGGCAAUGCCCGGUUCAAGGUGAACUUCAAGCCCACGGAGGCGGCCACCCACUCGCUGUCGGUGCGAUUCAAUGGACAUCCGGUGCCGGGUUCGCCAUUCAGCUGUCACAUCGCCGCUGCAGCGGCUUCGCCAUCGAUGGGACUGCCCCGGGCCAUGGCCAUGGGAGAGUGCCUGAAGCAGGCGGCCGUCAAGAUGGACAACACCUUUGAACUAGAGGGUUUCGAGGGCGUGGAGCCGCAGAUCUUCGUAACCUCGCCGUCGGGAGACAAUGAGCACUGUCAGCUGAGCCAGCACGACGGAGGCAGUUACUCCGCCUCGUUCCGGCCCACCACCGUGGGUCGUCACUUGAUCAGCGUGACAGCCAAUGACCAGCACAUAAACGGAUCCCCCUUCAGUUGCAAUGUCUUCGACGUGUCCAGGGUAAGCAUCAGUGGCCUGGAACAGCAGUACGGACCAGCAAACCUGGGUGUCCCAGUCACCUUCAGUGUGGAUGCAGCAGGAGCUGGCGAGGGCACCCUGGAGCUGGUGGUCUCCACCGACAGCAGCACCGUCAAGGCAGAGGUGGUGGCCUGUGCCCGGGGUCUCUACGAUGUGACCUUCGUGCCCCAGAGCACGGAACCGCACUACGUGAACAUCACCUUCAACGAGGUGGCCGUGGAUGGCAGCCCCUUCCGCGUGGACAUCCAGCAGCACACGCAGCACAUUCAGAUUGGCAGCUUGGCGGCCAUUGACUUCCCGGCGGACGACCAGAUCGUUGAGAUCUUCUCGCCGGACCAAAAGUCCGUUCCCUACUCGAUUAACAGGCAGACGGCGGAGUUCCGGACUCACAUGACCGGGAACUACACGUUGCGGUUUAUAGACCGCGAGACCCGCCAUCACAUAGGAUCCCGCACCUUGUGCGUUUUUGAUCCCACUCUGGUGAAGAUCACCGAGGUGAGUGAGGCCUUUUGCCACCGACCGGCCAGUAUUGGAGUGUCCUUGAACGAGGCUGGACAGGGAGAUCUGUCCGCUUUGGUGCGCUGUGGAGCCACCGAAGUGCCACACACAAUCCGGGGACCCAGCAAGAUUGGGGUCUACGAGAUAGUCUACCAGCCCACCCGUGUGGCUCCCCACAAGAUCAGCAUCCUGUUCAACGAAGUGCCCAUCUCGCUGAAGCCCCUGGAGAUCAAUGUCCUGCCUGCCAGCGCUGGCAAGGAGAUCAGCGUCAGUGGAUUGGGACUGUAUCAGUCUCGAGUGGGUAAGACCACUUCGUUUGCCAUUGACACGGUCAAGAGGCCGGCCAGGGAGUUUGAUGUGGUGGUUUCCGGACCAGGGGGCCAAGCUCUGCCGGUGAGAUGCUACCAGACGAAGAACGGCCAUCUGCAGGCGGAGUUCACUAUCAAUAAGCCGGGGCAGUGUGUUAUUGAGGUACUGCAUCAAUCGAAGCCCCUGCCCGGCAGUCCCUUCACCUGCGAGUCCUUCGACAGCAGCAAGGUCACCACCCAAGGGGUCACUAAGGAACCGCUGGCCCUGCACAGUCCCAACAGUUUCACCGUGCGUACGGAUAAUGCCGGAACCGCCGAACUGGAGGCAUUCGCCAUAUCGCCCAGCAAUCAGAGUCUUCCCGUGCUCAUAAGCGAGCAAUCCGAUGGCGUCUACAACGUGGAGUUCGUGCCCUCGCAGCCGGGCAACUACAAGUUGACCCUGAUGUACGGAGGAGAGACCAUUCCCAGCUCGCCGCUGAGUUUCACCGCCUCCUCCAGUGGAGUGCGGAACGACGCCCGCGCCGCUGGCCACGGACUGGAGGUGUGUCAUCGGAACAAGGAGGCCUCUUUCGUGGUCUACUGCCCCAUUGCCCCGAAUGUCCAGAUCGAGCGAUUGGACGAGUAUGGCGAACGGAUAGAGCCCAAGAUCAAGGCGCUGGGCAACAAUGAAUGGCGCAUCUCGUACACAAUUCUCUCGGUGGGUAAGUACGAGAUUCGAGCCAACUGUCCGAACAGGGGAAGCUUGCCGGGAUCACCGUGGCACAUCAGCUGCGUGGAGUCUAACAAGGUCACCCCAGUGGGUGGCUGGGGAACUCUGGUGGAUCAUGACGGCCGUCUGAUUCUCCCCGCUCGCAUCAUCUUCGAUGUGGAGAAUGCGGGACCUGGAAAGCUGGUCUGCAGCAUCGAUGGUAUUGAAAUACCGGUCGAUAAGUUGGUCGACGGCAAGAUGUGCCUGAACAUCACCGGCGAGAACCUGGCUGCCGGCGAGCACGAUUUGGAUCUGACUUGGAGCGGGCUGACAAUCACCCAGUGCCCAAGGAGUGCUUUUGUGACAGGCCAACAGGCUGCUGACAAGGUGCAGCUCAUGGGUCGUGGCCUGGCUGCAGCGCAAGCUGGAGAGGCGGCUCACUUCACCAUCGACGCCUCGAAUGCGCCGGCCGGCAGACCCGAGGUGAUCCUCACCAGCCAGGACAACACAUCGCUGCCAGUGAGCUUGGCCCAACCGAGGCCCAGCGAAAACAUCUGGAUGGCCUCGUACACCCCACUGAAAUCUACAACCGGCACCUUGAAUCUCUCCGUGAAGUGGAACGGUCGUUUGGUCAAGGGAUGUCCGCUCACGGUGGCAGUUGGUUCUUCCACGGAUGCCUCGAAGGUGAUUGCCUCCGGCGAGGGACUGCGUCACGGGAUUGUCGGCAAGGACAUCAAGUCCUGGAUAGACACCAGGAGGGCAGGACCCGGCGAGCUCACCGCCCACUGUGCCGGCGUACGCAAGGUGGCCUACUGCGAGCUGUACGAUCAUGGCGAUGCCACGUUUACCCUGAACAUUAAGCCGCAGGAACCGGGUCGUCAUCUCCUGACCAUUAAAUACGGAGGACAAAAUGUUCCGGGCUCGCCAUUCGCACUUAAAGUGGCCGGAGCACCGGAUGCCAGUAAGGUCCGCGUCUAUGGACCUGGAAUCGAGCAUGGCGUGCUGGCCACCUUCCAGUCGCGCUUUAUCUGCGACACUCGGGGUGCUGGAGCUGGCCAACUGACAGUUCGGGUUCGAGGACCCAAGGGAGCGUUCCGCGUGGAGAUGCAGCGAGAGAGUCAGAAAGAUCGCACCAUACUCUGCAAGUACGAUCCAACCGAACCAGGAGAUUAUCGCGUAGAGGUCAAGUGGGCGGGCGAGUUUGUGCCGGGCUCGCCUUUCCCCGUCAUGAUCUUCGAUACCGAGGAGGAGCUACGAAGGUUCUUACAGGGCAUAUGAGGCCAGCUCAACCACCCUGUCAUCGUCUUCCCCAGUGGCCUCAGCCCCCUGUCCAUGAGCCGUGAUCGAGCGCGGCGACGAUCCCCAACUUGUUCUCCCCUCUAGCUGAGCGAGUCUGGAAGUCCAUCCCCUUGUAGCAUAUAUACUUAAGCUAACCAUGAGACCUAAAGCGUAAAAUGUUAUACUAAUCGAACUAGCUAACUUAAAACAGAAUGAAGCGAAUAACUAAAUCUUUAGGCUAAUCCCAAGCGAAGGCUUUUGCUUUCGAUUAUUUAUAGAUUUUAAUAUGUUGAGCAAUGUAAAAACUUGCAAUUGGAUUAAUUAUUUAGCAUUGUAUGCGAUACAAAAAUACACCAUUCAAUAAAUACCUGCAUUCAGAUUAUUUGUUGGAGAA